UUCUUCCGCAAGAUUCAUGCGUAAUUACACUCCGUUCAGUGGGGAACGGGGCUGAGUCCUCAGCUGGCCGCCCUGUGACCACUGACAACCUGUGACCACUCAGGCCCUCGGCCUUGUCCGGCUCCUAAACUUACCUCGGCUCGGCCGCCAUCGCAAAGACAAGGCCCCCGUACCCGACAUACUGGUCACGGACCGGCCGACCACGCCUUCAUCAAUGUAUCGUCCUCCGGUUUUCCGUUCGCUUGUCUUGCUCAUUGUUGGUUCUGCUUGAUACCAAUUGGCGUCUUACGUCCCGAAUCUCUUGCGAUUUGUCUUCGGCCGUUUUGUCACAACGCUUUCGCUUUCGCCUUCGACGCGCUGCUCAUCGUCAACUCAUCGUCGUUACAAACUUACAAUGCCCUUCAACACGGAACUCACUCGCCGGCUCGGCAUCACAGUGCCUGUCGUCCAGGGUGGCAUGCAGCAUGUAGGCACAGCUGAGAUGGCGAGUGCCGUAUCAAACGCGGGCGGCCUGGGUAUCAUCACGGCGCUCAUCUGGCCUGAGCCCGAGGGGCUCCGCCAGGAAAUCCGCAAGUGCAGGAAAAUGACGAGCAAACCCUUCGGCGUCAAUAUUACCCUGCUACCCGCGCUUGUGCCACCAGACUAUGCGGCGUAUGCCCAGGUUGUUAUUGACGAGGGCGUCAAGAUCGUAGAGACGGCUGGCAACUCGCCGGGCCCGGUUAUCACCAAACUCAAAAAGGCCGGGUGCACCAUCCUGCACAAGUGCACGACCAUCCGACAUGCCCAGUCCGCUGUAAAACUAGGCGUCGACUUCUUGAGCAUCGACGGGUUCGAAUGCGCCGGGCACGUCGGCGAGUCAGACAUUACAAACUUUAUCCUCCUCAGCCGUGCUCGACAGACUCUCAAGGUUCCCUUCAUCGCCUCGGGCGGCUUCGCCGACGGACAAGGGCUGGCCGCGGCGCUCUGUCUCGGCGCUUGCGGCAUCAACAUGGGCACGCGGUUCCUGUGCACGGUCGAGAGCCCGGUCCACAUCAAGAUCAAGGAGGAGAUUGUCAGAGCCCAGGAGACCGACACGGCGCUCCUGCUGCGCCGUUGGCGUAACACGACCCGCCUGUACCGGAACAAGGUCACGGAGCAAGCGCUCAAGGUAGAGCAGGAGAGCAAGACGGGCGAGUUCGCCGAGAUUGCCCCCUACGUCAGCGGCAAGCGCGGCCGCGAGGUGUUUAUCAACGGCGAUCCGGACUAUGGCGUUUGGACCGCCGGCCAGGUGAUCGGUCUAAUCCAUGACAUUCCAACGUGCAAGGACCUCGUCGCGAGGAUCGAGAAGGAGGCCGAAGAGACGCUGAAGGAAAAGGUUGGGUUGUUUACUCCCUCGCCGAAGCUAUAGAUGGCUGUAUAUAGCGUUCAUUUGGUAUCUGUUGCAAUUUCCUGUACUUUAGCGUGCUAGCUACUCCGUACAUUUGUAUGAUUUUACGCUCAGGGAAACCGGUUCUUAGGGGUGUGUGCAUUUGUAUGUAAAGGGGCAGAGAACCCCUAACCCUGAAAUGACACGG